AUAAAAGCAGAAGCAUGAGAAACAGGAAAGAGGCUGAGACUCCUCCCUGUUUCUACGUGACAGUUAAGUGCUACAUCUCUCUGCCUAUCUGCAUUAUCUGUAUGAGUCAACAAAGAGCAUGUCCGAUAAGGCUGGUCCAGGACUCAAGCUGUGUAAAACGCCUAUUGAUUUAUAGAAGCAUUAAGCCUAAUGGAUGCAUAAUACAGACAGCUUUUUGUGUUCUGAACAUGAGAAGGCUGCUGGGGAAAGUAGUUUACACUGUAUAACACGUCAAUGAGGACAUCUGUAUUCCCUUAAAGAUAAAAUGGCCUCAUCCACAGACAUUUCCAACAUCACACAGCAAUGGGCUGACAGUCUACAUAAGUGGCAUCUAGAGUUUUUUUGCAUCCCUUCCAUCAUUGUCACUCUGACCAUCCUGCUCACCAACCCUAUCCUCCUGACAUGUAUUCUAUUGUCACGUGCCUUGCGCAAGGAGACACGUUACCUGCUAGUGGUGAACACCCUGACUGCAGACAUGCUCUUCGUCAUCCUGAACCUGGUCACAGUGCUCUUUAACACAGCAAGAGCCCAGAUACCCUGGUUGGUUUGUGAGUUGCUCACAGCUGUUAUUGUCACUGCCUACUGCUGUGCCAUCCUCACCGUCACCCUCAUGGUGGUUGACACCUACGCUGCUGUUCGCUGGCCUCUCCGAUACCAUGACCUCCUUCCACCAGCUCGUAUCUACCGCAUACUAGUCAUUGUGUGGCUGGUAGCAGCCUGUUUUCCUUUCAGCCUGGUGAUUGUGUUGCAGGUGAAAGGAGACCGUCCUGAUGAAUCAGUGUAUAUGUGUCUGGUCCUCAUCUCCCUUGGUUUCAUUCAGAUCAAAAACAUGGACUGGAUCCACAUGUAUUUCAUCGUUGCAGCACUUGUCUGUGCUGCGCUCAUUUUUUACUGCUACAUCCGGCUCUACAUGGUGACAAGGACACAGGGGAUCUGGCAGAGCCGCUUCUCUCGGGCCCGAGUCACACUUCUUGCCCAUGGAGUUCUGCUCCUGCUCUACUUCGCCCCUGGCUUUGUUUUCUCCUUGGAGCUCUACAUAUUCCACAAAGAAAACAUAAGUCAGGAUGUUCGGAUUUGGAUCAGCACAGUCAACAUGUCAGUUUUUAUGUUGAUCCCCAGGGCUUUUGCUCCCUUUUUGUAUGGGCUAAGGUACAGGGAGAUCUAUGAUACUUUAAUAGAACUGUUUCUCAAAAACAGGAGACUAAACCAGAUCACAGUGUCAUAA